AUGAACCAUCUUAGAACCACGGCCUAUCAUCCGUCAGCAAAUGACAUGGUAGAACGAAGCCAUCGGCAGCUUAAAGCCGCCAUUAAAUGUCAUCAAAAUAAUCGAUGGACAGAAACUCUUCCGACAGUCUUAUUGGGCAUCCGAGCAGCUUGGCGCGACGAUCUUAAAUCCACCUGUACAGAAUUAGUCUAUGAAGAGCCACUUAGACUCCCUGAUGAAUUCCUAACGUCAAAAGAUAAUGCUGCCAAGUUCGACGACGCAGCUGAGUUUAUCAAAGAUCUUCGACAUCACAUUCAGCAGAUCCGACCUGUCAAUGGUACACACCAUGGCGAGAAGAAAAACUUUGUUUUCAAAGACCUUGCAACCACAGAGUACGUAUUCAUUCGACAUGACGGACCCAAAAAUGGAAUAAAAAUGCCCUAUGAUGGUCCCUAUAGAGUCAUAAGUCGAAAUAAAAAAACGUUUGUCAUUGAUAUAAAGAAGAAAAAAGUUAGAGUAACUAUUGAUAGACUUAAACCAGCCUACAUCAUAGUAGACGACCAUUCUAAGGAAGAUAUUUCGAGAGAAAUUCAGACAUCUACACCGAAUACCAUUACAAAGGAGGAUCAAAGGACACGUUCCGGAAGAAGAGUUUGUUUUCCAGACCAUCUCCAAGUAGGUUAUGCUUGA